AUGACAGCGUAUCACCCUCACCUGCAACUUCAUGAGUAUCCAUACGCAUCUUAUAACUCACAACGCGAUGCCUACAUCGCCAGCACAUUGUCGCUAUUCGACGAUCGCACUACUGCCCAAGGGGAUGGUCAUACAAUUAUUGAUUUCCCGAGCUCGGUCACCAAUUCUUAUCCAUUGACGCAGACGUUAUACCCGUCAAGUAUUGUUCAGACACCGAGUCCAUCUAUUAGUAUCACUCAGCCUCCGGAGAUGCAUAUUUCAAGUCGGAAUGAACCCCACGUCGAUUUGGACGAACAUAGUCUUUCUUUGAAUUUAUUACAGGAAUUCAUAGAGUUGGACCUCUUGCCUGGUACAUACACGCCCAUCGAUCCUUCAGAAACCUCCAUGACUUCUUCUCCCAUGAUCCACACCCAUGAUCAGAAUUUGCGGAGUGCAUCGUAUUUAGCCCCACAAGUACCACUCGAACCGUCUCAGCCUGCACCCCAAUUAUCAUCAGCUCCGGUUCCUGUUGGAACGAUCACCUCUCCUAAUGCCUCUCCAGCUCGUGCUCCGUCAACUCUGCGUCCCGACCGGGUCAGCGCACGGAGACUUCAGAGAGAGUUGCGCACAUGUAUUGCUUGCAAAUCUGCCAAGGCGGGGUGUCGGUGGCCCGAUGCUAAUAGUCGUUCCUGUGCGCGCUGCGCGAGGGCUCGACGCGAAUGCGUAAUGGCAGUGACUAAACCGAAGAACCAAACACUUACGAUCAAGGACAUCACGCACCAAAUUCGUGACCUUGAGGUGCGGAUUCAGCAACAGCUAGACAUAAUCGUUGGGCCAGAAGGAAGGGAUUCUUCUGAUCGCAUUUCAAUUCUUGAAUCGGGCGAGGGACGAAAAUGCAGUUGUCCUAUCCCUGUUUCAGCGACGCAAGCGGCCGAGGGGUCAUCGGCUCCUGCACUGAUCGUCAUCCACCGGGCAGGCUGUCCUGCGUCAGAUCCUAUGGGGCUCUAUGGUCGCUCGAGGCUCAUGGAGCUCCAAGACCCGGACUCUGAUGCAAAGGAUGACUUGGAAGAGUAUACCUCAAUCACCUCGGAGGAGGAAGACAGGCGCCACGACCUACACCUUAGUAUGCCCAUGCCUGCGUAUGGAACUCCUGCUGCUACCUUCUUCGAAUUGGCACGUUCACUUGGCUCACCCCAAGCCGAGGCGCUGCCAUCACCGACCGGUUCAAACAUUUCAGCGGAGGUUGGCUUAGCAGGCGCUGAUUACUUUUCUCCCAAUCCGGCCUCGCUGCCAUUCAUUCGUAAGAUUGUGAUUGAACGUGAGAGGCUACCGUCGUAUCUCCUAAACGGCACAGUCAAGCCCGCCGAGUGUCUUGAACUAUUCGCUCGCUUCAUGAGCCUUUGGAAUGUCUCUGUCUCGGUGCUUGACCCAGGGCUGCAUACCUCAGCGCGAGCAGUCCUAUGGCGUUGCCCCUUCCUUUUCACAGUUGUCAUCGCUAUCGCCGCGCGUGACUACAAGCCUGAGCAAUAUCCUAUCUUGAUGCAGGAGGCCAAGACCAUGGCAGGAUUGGCGCUGACGACGUGGUCAAAAAGUAUCGAGAUUGUACAGGCGUUUGUAUUGCUUGCCACCUUUCCGCCUCCAUCCAGACGAUGGGAUGAAGAUCGUACUUGGCUGUACCUUGGUUAUGCAACACGGAUGGCUGGUGAUUUGCAGUUGAACCGUCCGGCGGACCGUCCGUUCCCGAGUGAGAUGGCAGAAAGGGAACACCUCAAUAGGAUCAGGACUUGGCUGAUAUGCCACAACCUCGAUGUGUCCGCCGCAGCCAAACUCGGCAAGCAGACUUCGAUGCAAGAAGACCCUGUAAUUCUGGGCUCGAAGACGUGGUGGAAGUCCUCGAAGUACAAUAUGAAUUUUGAUAUUCAUUUAUGUGCCUUCACUCAAAUUUGCAUAAUUUUCCGCAAGUACUUUACUCUACUCGGUGCCGAUUCGAGUUCAAUUUACAACCUGAACAAUCACGUUGACGUUGGCUUGCUUGCGGAUGGGUUUACGAAAGAAAUAGAAGACUUCCAAUCAGAGUUUGAAAGCAUUUUCGCCGAACAUUCUGAUCAUGAUGAUCCCGCAUGCAGGUAUCGUGCGCAUGUCAAAUACACUGCCCACUACUUCCGCCUCGUGAUUUACUCGAUCUGCCACGGACGUAGUAGGGAUGCAGACAAGAGAAUGAUUUUGCAACGAUGCUUGGAUGCGUCAUCUCGGCUGGUCAGGGCGUUGAGCGAGCACCACGCCAACUCAAUCUAUUUCAAGUAUAGCGCUGAAGGCUGGUUCACCUUCGGCGCAUUUGCUGCCGCCUUCAUAGUCAAGGUUUUGUGCCCAACGUUUGCGCCGGUGAUCGAUCAGGCAUACCGCCAGCACCUCAGAAGCGUUGUGAUGGAGCUGAUCAAUGCAUACGAAUCCAAACAAGUAUCGAUUGAUGAACGGCAUUCACCCAGCAUCUACGCUCGUUUCUUGACCCGACUCCUGGUUCGUGCAGAUGAGUUGAACGGGACCACCCCGGCGGUUCUUGUACCUCCAGGUUCGAGCGCAUCACCCCAGAUCAAGGUCGAUUCGGAGGAGAUGGAAAGACUCUUUGGUAUCCCUUCUUUGCAUAAUUUGGGCUAA